AUGACCGUUUCUUAUAAUUUUACUGUAUCAAAUUCGGGGCUUUUAACUUGGAUUCGUUUGACGUUUAAGUGGAAAGGAUCAAUCUGGAAAUCGGUUUGGGCCGAACUUGCCUUUUGGCUCAUUCUUUACUAUGCGGUUCUUCUUUUGUAUCAUCUUGGAUUGAGUGGUGAUCAUCAAAGACAUUUCGAUGAAUUUGCCACCUAUUUAAAUACGAAUGUCGAGAGAUUACCACUCAUUUUCAUGCUUGGUUUCUUUGUGACUUUUGUUGUGAACAGAUGGGAGAAAAUCUAUCAGAAUUUGGGAUGGAUUGAAGACACAGCUCUAUUGAUCUCAACUUUGGUGCAUGGAGAUGAUGAAGAGACAAUAUUAGCGAGAAGAGCUAUUGUUAGAUAUAUUUGUGUUGGGCAGUUAAUGGUUUUUCGAGACAUCUCCAUUCGUUGCCGAAGAAGAUUUCCGACAAUGGAGUCACUCGUGGAUGCUGGUUAUCUUGAAAAAGCUGAACUUCACGAGAUUGAAUCCUUCCCAAUGAAAUUCAAUAAAUAUUGGCUACCAUUCAACUGGUCUCUUGCCAUAAUUUAUCAACAAAGAGUCCGAGAGAAGAUUCCGGGAGAUCCAUCAUUGCAAAGCUGUGUUCAGGAAGUGAAACGCUUUCGUGACAACAUGCAAUGGCUGAGUAACUAUGAUUGGGUUCCCAUUCCACUUGCAUACCCACAGGUUGUGUUUUUCGCUGUUCGUGUCUAUUUCUACUUGUGUCUCAUAGGAAGACAAUUCAUCAUUUCCACGCAACAAGAUCAGUAUCUGAAUAUUUGGUUCCCGCUCACCACUUGUCUGCAAUUCGUUUUUUAUAUUGGAUGGAUGAAGGUAGCAGAGACCCUUCUGAACCCAAUGGGAGAAGAUGAUGAUGACUUUGAGACGACUUAUCUCGUUGACAAGAACAUUGCGACAGCAAUGGCUAUUGUUGAUGAUACCUCUCAGAAACAUCCACCAUUAAUCAAAGAUCGAUUUAAGAACAUUCGAAACGCUCAAAUAGCCAUUGAUGGCUUUGAUGAAGAUCCUGUUGGAACACUAGCUCAUUUGAAAUUACCAGAUCAAAAUGAUAAGCACUUCUCUUCAAGGCUCGACUCAUUGAGAGCUUCACUUCGAAGUUUGACUCAUAAAAUUCAUUCGGGGAGCGAGCAAAACACAAAUAAACUGGAUUCACCUUUGCCUAUA